UGUCAUUAAUAAUAAAUUUCUAGAAAUUAUAAUAAUUAUUCUUAAUUACGAUGUCGGAUAUCGUUUCUCCCGUAAUCCGAACGGUCUUCACUGAUAUUACGGGGGCAAUGCUAAGUUAUCAGAUGUUAGGACGCUGUGCGAAACAAGAGAUGGAUAUGAUGAAUUGCAUGGAAGCAUACGGGUAUGGCCGAGGUGUGCGCAAAUGUAGAGAUUACAUAGACGAGUAUCACGAAUGCCAUACUAGAAAGAAACAAUUUGCGAGAUUUAAGGCCAUGCGUAAGGAGCGCGAAAGACAAAUCGCCUGCGGUCAGCUGACUGGAGACAAGAAAUAUGUAACACCAAGAAUCGACAGCUAUUGAUCAAUAUAUUAGCUAGAAUUGGAAUGUUCAAAUGCAUUUAAUUAUUUAAUAAAGUAACUACUUACAAUACA